CCAUUUUCUUCUCUCCAACCAAACAAACACAGCCACGGGGUAGGCCGCCGUCCCCCACAGCCCAUAGACGGAAAGCCCCAAGAAAAAUAAUCAGCUCUCCCCUGCUGCUGCUACCCCCGCUCCCGACUUUCUCUCUCUAAAACCCUCCCCCCUGUCUUUCUCUCUCUAGAUUUCCCUGCCCUCGAUCGUCUCUCUCUCUCCUCUCCACUUCCUCCAUCAUUUCUUCUAAUUCACUCAUGGAUCUGCCAUUUCCAUCCGCCCUCCUCUUCCUGCUUCAUCUCUUUAGAUCUCUCUAAUCCAUCUCCAUUCUCUAAUUCAGCUGUUUGGUUACUGCGAUUCGGCCCGAGAGAGGGAGAAAGUGGAAGAACUAGGAGAUGAAGAUGAAGAUACCUUGUUGUUCGGUGUGCCAGACUCGGUACGACGAGGAAGAGAGGGUUCCUCUGCUGCUUCAAUGCGGCCACGGCUUCUGCAGGGAGUGUCUUUCGAGAAUGUUCACGGCCUCGCUGGACACCUCCCUUUCUUGCCCCCGCUGCCGCCACGUCUCCAUCGUCGGUAACUCCGUCCACGCUCUCCGCAAGAACUACGCCAUCCUCGCGCUCCUCCACACCUCCUCCUCGAACGACGUCGAUUUUACUGACGAUGACGACGGGGACGAGGAAGACGACGGCCGUGAGCUCAACCACUAUGAGGACGAGUCGAGGCGGCGCCGCCAGCUGUCGAGCUCCGUGUGCGGGCUGGUGAUCGAGCUCGCGGCGCACCAGGACCUGCGGCUGGUGCGGCGGAUUGGGGAGGGGAGGCCGGUGGGGGCGGAAAUGUGGGCGGCGUCUCUCGGGGGUGGGUCCAGGCAGUGCCAACACCGUGUGGCGGUGAAGAAGGUGACGCUGGGGGAUGACGCAGACUUGACUUGGGUGCAGGGCCAGCUUGAGAAUCUGAGGCGCGCUUCUAUGUGGUGUCGCAAUGUGUGUGCUUUUCACGGAGCGACGAAAAUGGAAGGAAGUCUUGGUCUAAUUAUGGAUAUGUGUUGUGGGUCUGUACAGUCUGAGAUGCAGCGAAAUGAAGGGAGGCUCACUCUUGAGCAAAUCCUGAGAUAUGGGGCAGACAUUGCGCGAGGGGUGGCUGAACUUCAUGCUGCAGGUGUUGUGUGCAUGAACCUAAAACCAUCCAAUCUUCUUUUGGAUGCAAGUGGCCGUGCAGUGGUUUCUGAUUAUGGACUCCCGGCAAUUCUGAAGAAACCCGCUUGCCGGAAAGCACGAUCCGAGUGUGAUUCGUCAAGAAUCCAUUCAUGCAUGGAUUGUACAAUGCUUAGUCCCCACUACACAGCUCCAGAGGCAUGGGAGCCGGCAAAAAAGUCCCUGAAUCUCUUCUGGGAUGAUGCUAUUGGUAUAUCUACAGAGUCAGAUGCCUGGAGUUUCGGUUGUACAUUGGUGGAAAUGUGCACUGGUUCCAUCCCAUGGGCUGGUCUAAGUGCAGAGGAAAUAUAUAGAGCUGUUGUCAAGGCUCGAAAACUGCCUCCACAGUAUGCAAGCGUAGUGGGUGUUGGAAUACCGAGGGAACUCUGGAAGAUGAUUGGUGAGUGCCUACAGUUCAAGGCAUCCAGAAGGCCAACAUUUAGUGCAAUGUUAGCAAUAUUCCUUCGCCACUUGCAAGAGAUUCCUCGCAGCCCUCCUGCUAGUCCUGAUAAUGACUUCUCCAAAUGCCCUAGUACAAACUUGACGGAACCAGCAACUACCUCCGAUUUGGAGGUUUCCCAGGAUAACUGCAACCAUCUUCAUAGGCUUGCAUCUGAAGGGGAUGUGGCUGGUGUUAGAGAUCUGCUUGCAAAGUCUGCUUCAGGAAAUGGUAGCAACUCACUAGGUUCUCUAUUAGAAGCACAAAAUGCUGAUGGGCUAACUGCUCUCCACUUGGCUUGUAGACGAGGCUGUGCAGAGCUUGUUGAGGCUAUUUUAGAGCAUGAAGAGGCAAAGGUGGAUGUCCUAGACAAAGAUGGGGAUCCUCCACUUGUUUCUGCUUUAGCAGCUGGAUCCCCAGGAUGUGUUCACUCUCUCAUUCGAAGGGGUGCUAAUGUUGGAUCUAGGUUGCAGGAAGGCUUUGGUCCUUCUGUUGCCCAUGUUUGUGCCUACCACGGCCAACCUGAUUGCAUGCGUGAGUUACUGUUGGCUGGAGCUGAUCCCAAUGCAGUGGAUGAUGAAGGUGAAUCUGUACUGCACAGAGCCUUGGCAAAGAAAUAUACUGACUGUGCUAUUGUGAUAUUGGAAAAUGGUGGCUGUAGAUCAAUGGCUCUUUUGAACUCAAAAAAUUUGACGCCUUUGCACUUGUGUGUGGCUACAUGGAAUGUGGAUGUUGUCAAAAGGUGGGUGGAAAUUGCAUCCUUGGAUGAGAUUGCUGAUGCAAUUGAUGUACCAGGUCCUGUUGGCAGCGCAUUGUGUCUGGCAGCUGCUUUAAAGAAAGAUCAUGAAAUUGAGGGGAGAGAACUUGUACGAAUGUUGCUUGCUGCUGGAGCAGAUCCAACUGCCCAGGACCCUCUGCAUGGACGUACAGCUUUGCAUAUGGCUGCUGUUGCAAAUGAUGUCGAGUUAGUCAAGAUCAUUCUCGAUGCUGGAGUUGACGUUAACAUCAGGAAUAUGCAAAAUACAAUACCUCUUCACGUAGCAUUGGCGAGAGGGGCAAAAUCGUGUGUUGGAUUGCUUUUAUCUGCUGGGGCAAAUUGUAAUUUGCAGGACGACGAAGGUAACAAUGCUUUCCAUAUAGCAGCUGAUUCAGCGAAGAUGAUACGUGAAAAUCUUCAAUGGAUCAUUGUUAUGCUUAGAUAUCCAGAUGCUGCCAUUGAAGUUAGAAACCACAGUGGUAAGACAUUGCGCGACUUCUUGGAAGCCCUUCCUCGAGAAUGGAUUUCUGAAGAGUUGAUGGAGGCACUCAUGAAUAAGGGGGCUUAUCUGUCUCCUACAAUAUAUGAAGUUGGCGAUUGGGUGAAAUUUAAGAGAAGCAUCACGGCUCCUACUUAUGGGUGGCAAGGUGCAAAACACAAGAGUGUUGGCUUUGUGCAGAGUGUCCCAGACAAGGACAAUCUCAUUGUGUCAUUUUGUUCUGGAGAGGCUCAUGUGUUGGUGGAUGAAGUGAUUAAAGUGAUUCCACUGGACAGGGGACAGCAUGUACGACUCAAACCUGAUGUCAAAGAGCCAAGAUUUGGUUGGCGUGGUCAAUCACGUGACAGCAUUGGGACUGUUUUAUGUGUUGAUGAUGAUGGCAUUCUGCGCGUUGGGUUUCCUGGAGCAUCCAGAGGAUGGAAAGCUGAUCCAGCAGAAAUGGAAAGGGUUGAGGAAUUUAAGGUUGGGGACUGGGUUCGUAUUCGUCCCACUCUUACAAUGGCAAAGCAUGGACUAGGUCCUGUAACUCCAGGUAGCAUUGGUAUUGUUUACUGCAUCCGGCCAGAUAGUAGUCUUCUGUUGGAAUUAAGCUAUCUUCCAAAUCCAUGGCAUUGUGAACCUGAGGAGGUUGAGCCUGUCGUCCCUUUCAAGAUUGGGGACUGGGUAUGUGUAAAGCGAUCUGUUGCAGAGCCUAGAUAUGCUUGGGGUGGUGAGACGCAUCAUAGUGUUGGAAGGAUAAGUGAAAUAGAAAAUGAUGGUCUCUUGAUGAUUGAAAUUCCAAAUCGGCCAAUACCAUGGCAGGCUGAUCCUUCUGACAUGGAAAAAAUUGAGGAUUUCAAGGUUGGAGAUUGGGUGAGAGUAAAAGCUUCUGUAUCAUCCCCGAAGUAUGGAUGGGAAGACAUUACACGAAACAGCAUUGGGAUAAUCCAUAGCUUGGAGGAGGAUGGGGAUGUGGGUGUUGCCUUCUGUUUCAGGAGCAAGCCUUUUCGUUGCUCUGUAACAGAUGUGGAGAAGGUGCCUCCUUUCGAAGUGGGGCAAGAGAUUCGUGUGAUGCCUUCUGUUACACAGCCACGGUUUGGAUGGUCACAUGAAACUCCGGCUACUGUUGGAAAAGUUGUGCGAAUUGACAUGGAUGGUGCUUUAAAUGUGAGGGUGGCUGGCAGACUAGACUUGUGGAAAGUUUCUCCUGGAGAUGCAGAACGGCUUUCAGGUUUUGAGGUUGGUGAUUGGGUACGUUCAAAACCAAGCCUGGGGACUAGACCAAGUUAUGACUGGAACAGUAUUGGUAAAGAAAGUUUAGCUGUUGUGCAUAGUGUACAGGAUACUGGUUAUCUGGAGUUGGCUUGCUGCUUUCGCAAAGGAAGGUGGAUUACACAUUAUACUGAUGUUGAAAAGGUUCCAUGCUUCAAAGUUGGGCAGCAUGUUCGGUUCCGACAUGGACUGGUUGAGCCCAGGUGGGGGUGGAGAGGUGCCCGCUAUGAUUCAACAGGUAUUAUAACCAGCAUCCAUGCUGAUGGAGAAGUGAGGGUGGCCUUCUUUGGUUUGCCAGGGCUGUGGAGAGGUGAUCCUGCAGAUCUUGAGGUGGAACAUUUGUUUGAAGUGGGAGAGUGGGUGAAGAUUAGAGACAAUGUGAGUUCUUGGAAAUCCAUUGGGCCUGGCAGCAUUGGUGUUGUACAAGGAAUUGGUUAUGAGGGAGAUGAAUGGGAUGGAUGCAUUUUUGUUGCAUUUUGUGGGGAGCAAGAAAGGUGGGUGGGGCCUGGUUCCCAUCUUGAAAUAGUGGAUAAGCUUAUUGUAGGGCAAAAGGUUAGGGUCAAGCUCAGUGUGAAGCAGCCAAGAUUUGGUUGGUCUGGUCAUAGCCACGUGAACAUUGGGACUGUAUCUGCAAUAGAUGCAGAUGGGAAGCUGAGAAUCUUUACUCCAGCUGGCUCAAAAGCUUGGAUGCUGGAUCCAUCAGAAGUGCAGGUGGUGGAGGAAGAGGAAAUUCAGAUUGGAGAUUGGGUUAGAGUUAAGGCAUCGGUUGCGAUCCCAACUUACCAGUGGGGAGAGGUGAACCAUUCAAGUAUAGGGGUGGUGCAUCGGAUGGAAGGUGGAGAGCUUUGGGUGGCAUUCUGCUUUUUGGACAGGUUGUGGCUUUGCAAGACCCAGGAAGUGGAGAGGGUGAGGCCAUUCAGAAUAGGGGACAAAGUGAAGAUCAGAGAAGGGUUGGUUACCCCACGGUGGGAUUGGGGGAUGGAGACGCACGCAAGCAAGGGACAUGUGGUAGGGGUAGAUGCAAACGGGAAGCUAAGGAUCAAGUUUCAAUGGAGAGAAGGGCGGCCUUGGGUUGGAGAUCCUGCUGACAUUGUUCUUGAUGAGAGUUCAUCCGACAUAACUGGUGCUUCAUGAAAGCUUCUCCUUGCCCUAAUGUUCUUUGCAGAUUGCUCCUCAUGUGGGCUUUUGGCCUCUCUGCCUGCUGUGAGCAUUGGAGGAAGCUGCUGCCGUGCUGCACCACAGUUAAAUGAAUUUGCCUGAAACUAUACCAAUAUUACUGUGGUUGCUGCAACAGUGGAAUUUAUCUAUUUUUGUUGAAGUGGAGAGAGUCGGAUGGAUAGCUAGAAAGAACAAGGGAGAUACUGGCUUCCUUGAUGUUAAUUACAGAAAAUACAGCAGCGGCAGCAGCAGCAGCAGCAGUGAGGACCGCAGGACAUUUGUAUUCCAUACAUAGCGUUGGUAGUUAUGAUGAUGAUCUUUUUUUUUUUUUUUUUCUUUUUCUUUUUUUUCAAUUAUUUUUUUAAAGUAUAUAUUUAUAAAUAUAUAUAUUUUUUCAACUUGAUAUUUUUAUCUGUACAAAUUGGACCUAUGAUAUUUUUAAUAAUUAUAUUUUCGAGCCAUUAUGUAGCUCUCUUAUAAUUA